AUCUAAAUGUAGCCCACAUUAGACAGUCUAAGAGCCCACUACUUAACAUUAUCUAUCUGUAUAUGUUUAAAAUUUAGGGUUAAGUAAUUUUACAAAUAAUUAUAUAUUUUGUUCUAAUAUAUAUUUUUGCUUCAAUAACAUCGGUAUUUGAACCCCAAUUAACGAAAAUAAGUAUUAAUUGUAUCAUAGUAGCAAACAUGCAAAUUUGUGGAAUAUGUGGAAGUAGUCAUUCUCCAAUGGAUUGUGAUAUAAUUCAAAUUGUCUCUCAUAUUCCUGAUAAAAGUAUACCAUCUAAAGCUAGAUUAACUGUACCAGAAGAUUUGGAACUAAGAAAAAUGGCAGAUGGGUCUUACAAUAUAAUGGCUUUACGAACUAUUGAUAAAGGAACUCAAUUUGGUCCUUUACAAGCAAAAAAAUUAUGUACACUGUUACCUUCUAUAAAUUUUCCUGUACGUCUAUUUUAUAAUAAUGAAGGUGAUUUCUCUGAAUAUUAUUUAGAUACUAGUGAUGAGAACGAAUGUAACUGGAUGAUGUUUGUUACUCAUGCCAAAGAUUUUGAGGAACAAAACUUAAUUUGUUAUCAAGAUGGUGAAGAUAUAUAUUAUGUUACUAUUAAGGAUAUAUAUUUGAACGAGACCUUGAAAAUAUGGUAUUCUCCAUACUAUGCAUCUAAAAUGAACAGGGAUAUUUUAAUACCAAUUAAUAAUAAUAAAAAUACUCAAAAUUUGAAAAGUAACAAUUUCAUAGAUCACUUAGUUAGAAAUAAAAGCUCGAUAGCAUCAAGGGAAGUAUGGAGUUGUAAGUUUUGUGGAAGGCUGGAGAAAAAUCUGCCAGAAUUUGCAUCACACUUAUUGCAACAUUAUAAUUUUAAAACUAAGAGAUAUUGUCAUAUAUGCAAUUUUCUAUUCCGCAAAAAAGAGGGAUAUCAAAAACACAUGAAAUUCCUACAUUCAACUGAUGUAACUUUGGACUCAUCUGUACAAUUGAAUGAAAAAACUAAUUUGACUCAAAAUUCCGAUAUAAAAUUACAAAAUUUUCCAAAAGAUGCCUACAUUGGAGGACCUCUCCUAUUAAAUGAAUUGUUAAAUGACAGCAUGGAUAAUAAUGGCCUCACCCUCAAUUCUAAUAUGGAUACAAAUCACAUGGAUUUGGCAGUCAUAGAAAACCACAACAAUCUUUUUGAUAACGAAAAUUUGAAUUUAAACAUGGAAUAUAUACUCCCCGAUAAUGAAAGAGAGAUGGAUAAUUUCAAUUUUGAAUUAGCACCUCCCGAUAAUGAACAAUUUGUGUGUGAUAUUUGUCUUAAACCUUUCAAACAUUUAAAAGCUCUAAUUUGGCAUAUGAAUAUGCAUAUUGGAAAUUUCACCUGUUUUGAGUGUGAUAAGGUCUUUUCUCGAAAAGAAAAUUUGGAUUGCCACCCUUGUAAAGCUUUCUAUAAAUUGCAAUGUUCUCUCUGCGAAAAAUUGUUUUAUCAAAAGAAAUAUCUCACUCUACAUAUAAAACUUUAUCACAGCAAUUACUGUAAGUUUUGUAAACAGAUGUUUAAAACCGGGGAACUGUUGCAGGAUCAUAAUUGCCCAGAAAAAGAAAGAAGAAGCAAAAUCAAAUUUACAUGCGAUGAAUGUCAUAAAGUAUUUAAUCAUAAAACAAAUUUAAUUAUCCACAGGAAACGACAUAAACAAUCGGAAAAAUAUAAUUGUCCAAUAUGUAAUAAAAUAUUGGGUUCAUAUAAGACUUAUAGGAAACAUACUAAAAUACAUGAAGGGUGUAGUUAUAAAUGUGAUAUAUGUGACAGAAUUUUUAUGAGAAGUGAUAAUUUGAAAGUACAUAAGGAAAGCGUGCAUUUCGCUGCUGGAAAGGAAACUUGUGAAAUUUGCAAGAAAUCGUUUAAAACAAAAAAUCUUCUGAAAAAACACAUAAAACUACACGACAGUACAGCUGAAGUUAAAUGUCAAUACUGUCCGUUAAAAUACAAACAGCUUAAAUACUUGAAACAACAUAUAAAAAACCAACACAAUAUAAACAAAGUCACACAAUCUGCCCCAUUAAAUAAUGAUAAACAAUAUGCUUGUCCAAAAUGUGGCAAAAAAAUGAAAUUGGAGUCUUCUGUUAAACGUCAUCUCGAAGUAUUCCACGGCGAGUCUAAAACGGAAUACAAAUAUCUCAAGAAAGAAAAGAGAACUGAACAAAAAAAGGUUUCGAUAAGUAUAAUGCCAUUUUCUUGUCCCAAGUGUGACAAAAAAAUGAAGCAUGAGUAUUCAAUAAAACGCCACAUCGAAUCUGUUCAUCCGGAAUAUAAAGGCAAAUAUAAAUCUGUAAAAACGAAAUCAGAAACCAACAAACAAGUAGAAGAAGAUGAACUGACACAAGCUUUAGAAAACAUUAAUUAUAAUACUGAUGAGAUUAAUCGCGAAAUAACUAUAGAAAUUGAUAAAUUACUGAACAAUCCUGAAACAUUUACCAGCGACAGCAAUGAUAGAUUAGUGGAAAGUUUGAUUAAUACAGCAGUUGGGGAAAAUAAUUUGGAUAAUGAUGAUACUGGACAACAAAAAGAUGCUAUGUUGUCGAUGCCAGACUUGGAUUUGGAUCAUGAUUUAGAUUUAGUUAGUUGUAAGAAGACUGUUACAAUAUAACUUUUCUAUUUUUAGAUAAGCACCAAUGGUUGACACGUUUAGAUUUGUUUUUGAAAAUCCCGAUUUGUUCGAAAAAAGGUGAUGGGAAAUCGAAUUAACGAGGAACAUACUUCUGAAAGUCUACUAAAGCAAAUAUGCUAAUAUAGUAUUUAUUAUUAAUUUUAGUGGAACAAAUUGAAGUACAUUGAAGUGAAAAAACCAAUUGUCGACAUAUUUUUUACCUAAUAAUUGACAUUACUUUUAAAAUAAUUCUUAUAUAUUCUAGUGAUUGACAAUCGUAAUAUCGAUAAUGAAAUGUGAGUUUUCUAAUGUUUGGUAAUUCAUAUUUUACUAAUUAAUGGAGAAGUAUUGUUCAUUUUUGAAAUGCGGUCUGAGGCACCAAUAAUUGACAUAAAAAUCUCCAAUAUUUGACAGGUCUUGAUUUAUGGUAGUAAUAUUGUCGAAUAUUGUCAAGUGAAACAAAUAAGGAAUUUUUAUAUGCACAUAUAAAUAUACGCACAAAAAAUACAACGAAAAUUUGAUAUUUAGAUAAUUUUUUUAACCAUCUACAUCAAUUUAAAAAUGAGUAAAUGGGUGAAAACAAUGAAAGCAGCGCUACAGAAGACGAGGUGGUCGAGGAAGAGAUUAGUGCGAAGAAGACUUAUAAGAGAAAUAAGAUAAAACGUGAUUAGAGUGCAGGGGCAUGCUUACAAAAACUUCAAAGGAAAGCAGUAGCAGCCAAGACUGUUAGCAAACCUUGCAAGUAAGUUCUGUGAUAAUUUAGUCUCAAUAAAUUUUAUUUAAUUUGUACCAAAGUUGGCAAAAUCUAUCCCUGUAGGAUUUCUUGGAAUGGUGCUUGUAGGAUUUUGUAACUAUUGAACCUAAGAAGUUUAAAUUCUGCCAGAAUGCAUCGCGUAGUCUACAAAAUGUCAAACAAAAAUGAAUGCCUAAGAUCACACUUCUGUUGAAAGUCAAAUUAACUACUUCAUAUAAACGAGGUAUCAAUCUAAUUUUUACGGAACAGCAAAAUAUCAUUAUUUAUGAACACAUAAAACAGAGUCACUGCUCUGGAAUCUAUAACAUCACUCAGUAAGUCUUGUGACUGACACAGAUAACGUUGUCAUUGUCAAAUCCAUAUGACGUUUAUGAAGUACCAACUUUCGAAAGAUUGUGUAAAAGUUCAUUACAUUUCGAUUAUUCAGAAAAAAGUAUUUUCAAAACAAUGGAUUCAAAACAAUUUCUUGUAAUAAUAUAUUAAUGCUUCUUGAUGAGAAAAAAAAAAUACUGUAGAAGCUCAGGAAUGGCUUCAUAAGUGUUAUCCGGACUCUACUCAAUCGAAAAGAACCAUUCAGACACCUAUGAUGGUGAACGUUCUAGUCGGCCAAUUGAGGUGGUUACUACAGAAAACACCAUAUAAGAAAUGAACAGAAAUGUCAUCAAAUGGUAUAUGGAUGACUCCAAAACAGCAGUCAGUACUGAAAUAAGAGUGUACGGGUCUAGAACUAAACCCUCUGAAAGCCUGGGUAACAAACCAAGGAUAUUUCAAGCAGAAAAUAUGACUUGAACCUUUUUGUGGUAUCAGCUACGGAACAAUAAAGCACUGGAAAAGAAGGUAGAUAGGGUUUAAAACCAAAUACUGGGCCAACCUAUAGGAGUCGAGAUACAGGCCAAGACACUCUUAGGGUAGCUAUAACCAGUGAAGAUCUAUUGAAUGUAUAAAACUACAAAUACUAACAGAAGACAUGUCAGGGCACUCUCGUCUCAAUGGUUAUCUGGAGAUGCUAGAUUUGACAUAUUCUAUGUCGCAGAGGACGAAACCUCCAUUCACAUUCUCUAGAUGUGUGAAGAAAUAUUAUGAAACUCCAGAGCACUACACCUGGAAGCAUAUGAUAUGAAAGACGAAGAUCUCUAUAACUAGAAUCAUCCCUCAUUCUGACUUUUUUAAAAGGAGUGAGAUUAGUAUAUCAGCUGUAAACACUGAGGAAUGCCACUGUCACAGCGCGAAAAAAAGACACAA